AUCUCCCCACUUUCAGUUGCGCCAACGAUGUCGGAGCGCAACUGCUGGCCACCGUCUCGAUCGACACCAUAUUUGUAGUUUUUUUGCUGUUUGUCGGCAAAGACGACUUGCAGUUUACAAUUAUAAUCAACGAAAUGAUCAAAAGGUCGUUUCAUUUUAAGUGAUUUCAUUGCAAAGCAGAGACUCGUGCGUGACAUGGAGUCAUGACUCACAUGCAAUAAGGAUCAUUUCUAACGUUGUGUUGUUGUUUUUUUAUUUCGGUUUGGUUUUGCUUUCCUUUUCUUUUUUUAUGGGCAUGUUUUGGUGUACGCAGGUGAACGUCACAGUUCCUUUUGACGGAAAAUAAAGUUGAGUGGACGGUAAAAAUGCAGUUAAGGGAAGCCAUAGCAGUCUGAGCUGUGAAAGCCACCCUAGAUGUCUCCUGGACAUUUCUUUUGUCGAAAAGAAAGAAAGAGAAGCAGGAAGAAAGAAAAAAAAAAGAGACUGUACUGUAGCUCGGUGGUUCAAAUUCAAGUGAAAGUAAAUAGCUUAUAACGGACAAAGUCCAAGUAGUGAGGCCACAUUUCACAUCGCUGAGAAGGCUCAAGAAAUAGAACGACGAUCUUUUUUGAAAGCGGCACCACUGACCGGGUCAGCAUGUCGCUGUACGAUGAUCUCGGUGUCGGUGCAAGUGACACCAAGACCGAAGGCUGGUCCAAGAACUUCAAGCUGCUCCAGUCUCAGCUGAAAGUGAAGAAAGCGGCCCUGACCCAGGCUAAGACUCAGCGGAUGAAGCAGACCACCGUUCUGGCUCCCGUUAUCGAUCUGAAGAGAGGAGGUUCCAGUGACGACCGGCUCAGCACAGACACUCCUCCACACGCCGCCGUUGGACUCAAGGAUGCGGUUCCCAGCGGAUUCUCCUCCGGGGACGUUCUGAUCCCGCUGGCCGACGAGUACGACCCCAUGUUCCCCAACGACUACGAGAAGGUGAUGAAGCGCCACCGGGAAGAGAUGCAGCGCAAGAGGGAGCAGGAGCGACAGAAGGAGAUCGAAGAGAGGGAAAAGAGGAGGAAAGAGAGACACGAAGGCGGCGCUCCCAGUGGAUUUUCUCGUUUCCCGGCAACAGAAGAAGACUCGGAUGAAGAGGAGGAGUACGAGAAAGAGUGGAGGAAACGAAGUAUGGGCGGAGCAGCCAUUGCCCCUCCUUCGUCACUCGUGGACAGAGAAGGCCCGACUCCCUACGCCUACGAAGACGAAGGUCGUCCCGGCAGAGGCGCCAAGGCCGCCAUCCCUCCCCCCAUGUACGAGGACUCGGACCGGCCGCGCUCGCCGCCCGGCCCCACCAGCUCCUUCCUAGCCAACAUGGGCGGUACGGUGGCCCAUAAGAUCAUGCAGAAGUAUGGCUUCAAAGAAGGCCAGGGCCUCGGCAAGCAUGAGCAGGGCCUGAGCACGGCGCUGUCUGUGGAGAAGACCAGCAAGAGGGGCGGGAAGAUCAUCAUCGGGGACGCCGCAGAAAAACCAGGGUCGAGCCAGUCUGGGGCUGCUGAUCCUUCCAGCGGAGGCUCUGCAGCGGACUCUUCCAAGAAGUCGGAGGCCAAUCCCUUGACGGAGAUCCUGAAAAACCCCACCAAAGUGGUUCUGCUCAGGAACAUGGUGGGUCGAGGAGAAGUGGACGAAGACUUGGAGGGGGAGACGAAAGAAGAGUGCGAGAAAUACGGCAAAGUUGUGAAAUGUGUCAUUUUUGAGAUUGCCGACGUUUCCGAUGAUGAAGCCGUCAGGAUAUUCCUAGAGUUUGAGCGGGUGGAGUCGGCCAUCAAAGCCGUUGUGGAUCUAAAUGGACGUUAUUUCGGGGGUCGAGUCGUCAAGGCCUGCUUCUACAAUCUAGACAAGUUUCGUGUUUUGGAUUUGGGGGAGCAGGUGUGAUGUCUGCCAGCUGACCCUGUGAGGCCACAGCAACCUCCCCGCCUGUACAUAUGUUUUUCUUUUAUAAACAGCAGUGUAUAUGUAGUAAUAAUGAGUUUGUCAUUUGGUGUUUUUUUUUUUUUUUUUUUGUGAUUAUUAAACACCUUUAUUCCAAUACAAAAUAAAAGAUAUGAACCAGU